CUUUCAAUUAUCAGGAGAUUAUCUACCAGGGGUUAGAAUUUUUGGAAUGGAGGAGAAUAAUGAAAUGUUUUCUUCUUACCAGACCCCCUCCCCCCUUCCCCCGUCCCUCUCUCCGCUUGAGGGUUCCUGAGGACAAGGGUAUAAGAGGGGGUCGAUGUGAAAGCAUUUUUUCCUGAUAAAACCUCAGGUUACUGGUUUCUCCACUGUAGCAUUCAGUUGGAGUGUGUCUCGUGUGUGAGAGGAGAUUUCGUCUUCACAGUGUGUGUUUGAGAGAGAGAAGAUUUCUCUGAUUUUGUCAGUCGACAUGGAUCAUCUGGACAGAAGGCUGGCAGUGACUCUUCUCCUCUUCUCAUUCAUCUCGUUCUCCACUCAGAAAACCUCAAUCUCCUGGUGUGUAGUGUCGGAGGCAGAGGAGCAGAAAUGURUGGAUCUGGCUGGGAGUGCUACAGCUCGGAAUAUCAGAGGAACGCUGCUGUGCGUCCGUGGCCAGAGUCCCACAGACUGUAUGGAGAAGAUCAAGAAUGGUACAGCUGAUGCAGCAGCCAUGUUUGCUGAUGACAUCUACACAGCUGGCUGGUGCUAUGGACUAGAACUGGCUGCUGGAGAGUCUUACAACGGAGUGGAUGGUAUCAGCUACUAUGUUGUAGCUAUGGCUCGUCGCUCCUCCAGUGACCUGUCCCUGUUGGAGAUGCAUGAACGCAGCUCCUGUCACCCAGGGAUCGUACCAGGUGGGCUGGACUGUUCUAUUGGCUUCCUGGUCAACACCUCACAGAUCAGUGUCGAUGAACAAUGCAACUUUCCUAAAGGUGAGACCUGUGUCGGUGGGGACUUCUUUGGCUACAGCUGUGUACCAGGAGUAAAGGACAGAGAACACGACAGAGGACACCCUAAGAACUUGUGUGAAGCCUGCAUAGGAGACGACAGGAGACAUAUAUGUGUUAACAACCACGAGAGAGACACUAUGAGAGGCUGGGCAGAGGUAGGGAGGAGAGGAGGAGGAGAGGCUGGGCCACUGAGGUGUGUGGCUGAGAAUUUGGGCGAUGUGGCAUUUGUCAAACACACCACUAUUUCUGACAACAUGGAUGGCAACAAUAUGGAAUCAUGGGCCAUGGACCUGGAACUGGAGGACCUAAAGCUGCUGUGCCCGGAUGGCAGCGAGGCCGGGCUGUUUGACCAUGAGACGUGUCACCUGGCUGUGGUGCCAGCUAACGCUGUGGUGGUACGACUAGAGGACAAGUGUAGAGUCUGGGAAUAUCUGGAACGCUUACAGAAUGUGUUUGGGAACACCACCAUGUUCAGCUCAGUGGGCUACACCCAAUCAGAUCUCCUGUUUUCUGACUCCACCCACCACCUGCUCAGGGUUGUGGGUUGUUACACUUCCUGGUUGGGUCCUACAUACACCACUGUCCUGCAGGCCUUUGAGUGUGAAAGUUUGUGCUGAUCCUUCUAGAAAGAUAUCAACCAGCAUCCUCUCAAUCUCUCCCCUCAAUAUCUCUCCACAUCUUUCUUUCCCU